CAACUUUGGCAAAGGGUAAAAUCAACAAAAAUGUGUCCACUCUGUUCGUAACAAAUUCUAGUUUUGGGAACAGAAAACUGUAUUGAGAUAAAAAAAUUAUUCAUAGAUGAGAAAAUGUGCAUUAUCUCGGCCAAAAUUAAUCGCCCUCGAUCUUCUCCACUGCCGUCCACUGGGCUUCCUCUCAUCACCAUAUUUGACCCAACCGGAUGCUUCACAUCCGGUAAAAUAUCUGGCUCAUUGUUCUAUCUGUGUUCAGAAUAUUUUAUUGAUUUGCCUGAAAUAUCCUGCUGCUCUAGCGUGCCCUCUGGCGGUAGGUCGGUGCAUGGGCUUCAUUACAGGUCACAUGCAGAGAAACAGCAGCAGCGUCGAUUUUCCGAAGAUUCCCGAUUCGGAGCUCGACUUGCCGGAAGAUCCGGGUACUGGGCUUCCACCUCAACAUAACAGCAAUGGCGGAGGCAGCAGCUUCAGCGGCUCCAGCAAUAACAGGAGCCUGGACCAAACACGUCACCUGCAGGUAUUUCAUGCACGGGCUUUGCAAAGAAGGCAUCAACUGUCGAUAUUCCCAUGAUCUCAACACCAGCCAACCAGCCGCAGCUAUGAUUUGCAAGUUCUUUCAGAAAGGAAACUGUGUGUUUGGCGACCGGUGCAGGUUUGAACACUCUAAAGAAGACAUGCCUGGGCCCAAGCCGUCGCUGCCGUCCUCUGCCUCCGCCUGUGCCCUUCUCACUCCUACGUCCCUCACCGCCAGCGCCCCGGCCCCCGUUCCCAGUGGAUCAGCGGGUGGUGAGUCAGCGGACGGCCCAGAGAACCCUCAUGGAUCCGGGGCAGGGGACUGGGUUAUGGCUGCAGAGUUUGUACCAGGCCAGCCGUACUAUUGUGGAAGGGACCCGGUGAAGUCUGAAGGCAUGAGGAUGGGUCCUCUGCUGGAGCAAGAGAAAGACCCAGCGGUAGACAAUAAGGAGUUGAGGAAGACUCUGUGUCCCUACGCCGCCAUGGGGGAGUGUCGCUACGGACUUAACUGUGCCUAUCUCCACGGCGACGUGUGUGACAUGUGCGGUCUGCAGGUGCUCCAUCCCUCCAACGACGCACAGCGAUCGGAACACACCAAGGCUUGCAUCGAGGCCCAUGAGAAGGACAUGGAGCUGUCGUUUGCCAUCCAGCGCAGUAAGGACAUGCAGUGUGGCGUGUGUAUGGAGGUGGUGUUUGACAAGGCCAACCCCAGUGAGAGACGCUUCGGCAUCCUGUCCAACUGCUGCCACUGUUACUGCCUCAAGUGCAUCCGCAAGUGGAGGAGCGCCAAGACGUUCGAGAGCAAGAUCAUCAAGUCCUGUCCAGAGUGUCGGGUCACGUCCAACUUCGUCAUCCCCAGUGAGUACUGGGUGGAGGACAAGGAAGACAAGCAGAAACUGAUACAGAAAUACAAAGAUGGCAUGAGGUAAGCUAUGUACUGAUGAUAGGAGGGGGUAAGCUAUGUACUGAUGAUAGGAGGAGGGGGUAAGCUAU